AUGGCCAGCCGAAUUCUGACAAUUUGCCGAGCACUGCAGCAGCCGCUGUCAGCGAGCAGCAUCGCUUCGGUGGCGGGCAAAUCGCGACCAUUAACUCGUCUGCUUCGACUGCAGUCAUUCCACAACAACGGCCGAAAGGGCUCCAUUUCUGCGCUGCACCGAGCCAUCACCAACCACCACUCGAAUCACCAUGAGGCGAUUAGCCAGACGAACCCUAAGCUCAAGUCAUUUGCAACUCGAUCCGAGCUCAAUCAGGCGCAGCGAAUCGUCGUCAAGUUGGGCUCGGCCGUCAUCACCCGAGAGGACGAGUGCGGAGUGGCGCUCGGCAGACUGGCGUCCAUCGUCGAGCAGACCUCCACUCUGCACAUGGAGGGCAGAGACGUGCUGAUGGUGACCAGCGGGGCGGUGGCCUUUGGCAAGCAGAAACUCAGCUCGGAGUUGCGUCUGUCGAUGUCGAUGCGCGAGACGCUGGCGCACUCCAAUGGCGUCAGAGAGGCACAGGGCAAGGCGCUGAUGGAGCCCCGAGCCGCGGCCGCCGUCGGCCAGUCAGGCCUGAUGGCGCUGUACGAGGCAAUGUUCUCCCAGUACGGCAUCAGCAUCGCUCAGGUGCUCGUCAACAAGACCGACUUUGCCAAUCCCAUCUCUCGACACAACCUCGGCUCGACGCUCUUUGAGUUGCUCCGUCUAAACAUCAUUCCAAUUGUGAACACCAAUGACGCCGUUCUGUCGCCGGCACUGCCCAACCUGGACCUAGAUGGGGUCAUCUCCAUUCAGGACAACGACUCACUGGCGGCUCAGCUGGCCGUGGAGGUGGGCGCCGAUGCGCUUUUCCUCAUGUCCGACGUGAACGGCAUCUACACGAAGCCGCCCACUCAGGAUGGCGCCAAGUUGCUGCACACCUACGACCCAAAGAGCCACGAGUCGAUCACUUUUGGGCAAAAAUCUCGCGUCGGCCUGGGCGGCAUGGAGAGCAAGGUGGCCUCCGCCACCUGGGCACUCGACCGCGGCGUCUCGGUGGUCAUUUGCAAUGGCAUGGACGAUGACGCCAUCAGCAACAUCGUCGCCGGCAAACGGGUGGGAACGUUCUUCACGCAAGUUGAGGAGCGUUCAGUCUCUGCGCAAACCAUGGCUCAAAAUGCUCGAAACUCCAGUCGCAACCUUGUGGCACUCAAUGGUUCUCAACGUGGCGCCAUCAUUCACAAGUUGGCCAAUUUACUUGAAGAACGUGUCGAGUUUAUUUUGGAAGCGAACCAAACCGAUCUGGCCAAAGCAAGUGCAUCAGGCACCUCAAAAGUUCUCAUCGAUCGCCUGGCGCUGACUCACGGCAAACUAAAGGCUCUCUCUGCGGGUCUCCGUCAGAUAGCCGACUCAUCAGACCAUGUCCUGGGACGCAUUGUUCGCCGAACGCAGAUAUCCGACGAUCUGGAGCUGCGGCAGAUCACCGUUCCCCUAGGUGUGCUCAUGGUCAUCUUCGAGUCCCGACCUGACUGUCUGCCCCAGAUUGCCGCCCUCUCCAUUGCCACUGGAAACGGCCUCCUGGCCAAGGGCGGUAAGGAGGCACAGGAGACGAACAAAAAGCUCAAUGAGCUCAUUCAGGAGGCGCUGGAAUCAGUGGCACCAGGCACCAAGAAUGCAGUCGCACUGGUGAACAAUCGCGAGGAUGUGAGCGAGCUGGUGCAACUCGAGGGCGACAUUGACCUGAUUAUUCCGCGGGGCUCCAAUGAACUGGUUCGAGCCAUUCAAGAACAGUCCAAAUCAAUUCCCGUCCUAGGGCACAGCGAGGGAAUAUGCCAUGUGUACGUCGACAAAGAGGCAGAGUUUGAAAAGGCCAUCAAAAUUGUGCAAGACUCCAAAUGCGACUAUCCGUCGGCGUGCAACGCUCUGGAGACGCUGCUCAUCCACCGGUCGCUGGUGGAAAUCGGCUCCGAUGCUGGCGCCAACAACAAGGGUUUCUUUGUGCGCCUUUGCAAUGAGCUGAAGAAGGAAAACGUCAAACUGUUCUCCGGGCCGAGGCUGAAUCAGCUGCUCACUUUCGGUCCACCUCCUGCAAAGAGUAUGAAAAUUGAGUACGGCGAACUGGCGUGCACAAUUGAGAUUGUGGACAGUCUGGGCGAUGCCAUUGAGCACAUCAACACGCACGGAUCAAGUCACACUGAUGUCAUUGUCACUGAGAAUGAAUCUCGAGCGGAUGAGUUCAUGCAGUCCGUGGACAGUGCCUGCGUCUUCCACAAUGCCUCCACUCGCUUCUCCGAUGGCUACCGCUUCGGCCUGGGCGCCGAGGUGGGCAUCUCCACGGGGCGCAUUCACGCCCGUGGCCCAGUGGGCAUCGAAGGCCUGCUCACCACCAAGUGGCAGCUCUUCGGCAACGGUCAGACGGUGCAGGACUUCAGCAAGGGCAUCCUCAAGUACAAGCACCUCUCGCUGCCCAUUCCCAGCCACUGCGCUGCCCCCGGCUCGGAGAGUGAGAGCGAACUGCAGCUGAACAAGGGCGAACUGUGA